GAAGGCUUGGCGGCUUCACAUCACAUCACACAGGCAUACAAAGAACGUCUAGCUGAAACGCACACAGAGCAGACAGCCGUCAGAUUGAGGUUUCGAAGGGGCAUCCAGAUACACAGUUGGGAAGAAGCCAAAGCAGAGGGAGAGCAAAGGAAACAGAUUUUGAAUUUUGAAUACGGUUCUGCUGGCUUUGAUAUGGGGAAGUCGGGAGCUUUCCUCACAGCUUUCCUUUGUAAGCAGCUCUUCGUUCUCUUCCUGCUGAAAGAAGCCGUUGGACAGAGCAAACAAACCGAAGGCCGAGUCUGUGCUCGAAAUACAUUACGGAUCCCCUUAGUCUACAACGAGACAUAUGCCAAACCUCAGCACCAGCCUUACUUAAAAAUGUGCCCAGGACCUCGGAUAUGCAGCACUUACAGGACUACAUACAGAAUAGCCACUCGGCAAGUGCGGAAGGAGAUUUUGCAGAGCAACAUCAUCUGCUGCCAAGGUUGGAAGAAGCGACACCUGGGAGACACCAAGUGUGAGGAAGCUAUGUGCCACAAGCCAUGCCAGAAUGGAGGCACCUGUGCCAAGCCAAACCAGUGUCAGUGCCAACCAGGAUGGGGUGGACGGUACUGCCAUGUUGAUGUGGAUGAAUGCCGCGCACCUGUUGAUUUUUGUCAACACCACUGUGUUAACACCGAGGGGAGCUUUCACUGCCAAUGCAAUCCUGGCUAUGCCCUGGAGCCAGAUGGCAAGAGCUGCCGCGUCCUUCCCACAGCCCAGGCUGCCCCUUUGCUCAGCAACAAAGGUCAAGUUUUAGGGAUUCAAGAGACAAUCCCAAAUGAGAUCCAGGAGCUUCAAGCCAAAGUGGAGCAGCUGGAAGAGCGCCUUGAACGUGCCAUCUCCGUCUUACCCUCAACCCUGGAGCCCGCCCAAUUGAAAGAGAUGUGGAGUCGCCUCCGUUACCUGGACCAAGUGGAGUCGCUCAGUGACCAGCUCCUUUUCCUUGAGGAGAAACUGGGAGACUGUGCCUGUCAGAACGGAAAAAAUGGCUUUGGCUAUGACAUUGCCCGGUGAUACCUGCAUCCUUCGAACCAGAAGUGGAUUGAUGGGAAACCUGCCUGCCUGCUGACUUCUAACUGCAUGCUGGUGGCUGUUGUUUUACAGAAUUCAAGUUAAUCUCUUCUCCCUUAUUUAUGCUAGUGGACACCCAUCACUAACAGAGAGCAAACUAUAUGGAAGGGGAAGAGUUGUACUGGACUGUGUGUAUGUGCUGUCAAGUGACCUGUCAAUUUAUGGAGAACCCACGCAUUUCGUAGGGAUACUCAGAGGUGGUUUGGACAGUUCCUUCCUCCGAAACACAACACAUAGAUUCUCGUAUUUGUUGGUGCUCUUCCCUCUAAGUAUUAAUCAGGGUUGACCUCGGUUAGUUUCCAAGAUCAGAUAUAAUCUUGUGGCCUUGGGGUAUUUAAGCCCUUCUAUGGGAUGAAUUAAUGUCAUAUUGAUGGAAGUGAGCUUUGAAAUCAGAGAUCUACUUGAAGCAUUUAAGGCCAAUGAAAAAAUAGUGACUACAAAGCACCUUUAAAGUGCUCAAAAUAUUAUAAUCCCCUAUGUAAACUCAAUAAUAAAAAUAGUCAGCCCUCUACAUUUGUAGGUCUAACA